CUCUGUGUUCCACCCAGACCUUUCUCCCAUUUAAUAUCAUUUAGCAAUCUGUUAUCUGAUGAAUGUAUUUGUUAGAGAAGACAUUUCAGGUAAUGCUGUCUCCAGUAGCUAUGCAUUUCCAGGAGUGGUUGCAGUCGCUUCGCUCCCACGCAGGCCUUCAAGGGUCUGAAUCGGACGACCUGUGGAGCCUCCUGCCUUCUCGGCCUCUGCCCUCCUUCUCCCUGCCAUCGCUGUCUCUUUCCACAUCGUCCCUGCUGGGUUUCGGGGCACUGGCCUCCCUCACUGCAUACUGGAUGGUGACCCGUCCUCGGCCCCUGCGUUCUCCCUGCGAUCUCCAAGCCCAGUCUGUCGCCGUUGGUGGAGAUCCCAGCUGCAGACGAUCCGCUCUUCUGACAGACGACACUCUGCUGGAGUUUUACUAUGACGAUGUCAGGACGGCCUAUGACUUGUUCCAGAGAGGCCUCAAGAUCACAGGACACGGCCCGUGUCUCGGCUUCAGGAAACCGGGUCAGCCCUACGAGUGGAUCUCCUACUGUGAGGUGGCGCAGCAGGCACAGUGGAUGGGCUGUGGCCUGAUGGCCAAGGGCUGCCAGCCCAAUCCAGAGCAAUAUAUUGGGAUAUUUGCACAGAACAGACCUGAGUGGAUCAUUUCAGAGAUCGCCUGCUACACCUACUCCAUGGCGCUGGUGCCUCUGUACGACACCCUGGGGAUGGAGGCGAUGGUCCACAUCCUCAACCUCGUUGAGAUGAGAGUGGUGAUCUGUGACCAGGAGCAGAAGGCAGCGCUUUUACUAGAGAGCAAGGAGAAAGGCUUGACUCCCAAGAUUUCCUCCCUGGUUCUCAUUACCGACUUCAGCCAAGCCUUUGCAGAGAGGGCGAAGAAGUGCGAGGUGGAGGUUUUGAAACUGGAGCAGCUCAUGGCCCUGGGAAGGGAGAACCCCAGAGAUCCUGUGCCGCCCCAGCCUCAGGAUCUGGCAGUGGUUUGCUUCACCAGUGGAACCACAGGGAAACCCAAGGGAGCCAUGAUCACCCACGGCAACAUCGCCUCCAAUACUUCCUCUGUCAUUAAGAUCCUGGAGGGUUCGUUUGUGUUCCACAAAGAGGAUGUGUCGAUUUCUUACCUGCCACUUGCCCACAUGUUCGAGAGGAUGAUUCAGUUUUCACUGUUCAGCCAAGGAUCCCGAGUAGGAUUCUACCAAGGGGACAUUUCUCUUCUUAUGGAUGACAUGAAAACUCUCAAACCCACCUUCUUUCCUGUCGUGCCUCGCAUACUCAAUCGCAUCUAUGACAAGAUCAUGGGUUCUUUGAGCUCCCCCUUUUGGCGGGCUCUGCUGCAAUACGCUGUGAGGAGGAAGCAGGCGGAGCUCAGCAGCGGGAUUGUGCGCAACAACAGCCUGUGGGACAAACUGGUGUUCAAAAAGAUCCAGGCGAGUUUCGGAGGUAAUCUACGGUUUGCCUUGACUGCCUCCGCACCCAUCUCCUCCACGGUCUUGUCUUUCCUCAGAGCCUCUCUGGGCUGUAUGAUAUUUGAGGGUUAUGGACAAACAGAGUGCACUGGAGGCUGCACUUUCUCUAUGCCAGGGGAUGCGAGCACAGGCCAUGUUGGGCCUCCUUUACCCUGUGCCAUGGUGAAGGUGGUGGACAUCCCUGACAUGAACUAUUACGCUAAAAAUGGAGAGGGCGAGAUUUGCAUCCGCGGGCCCAGUGUGUUCAAAGGCUAUCUGAAGGACCCGGAGAAUACGGCUGAGGCCCUGAAGAGCGACGGCUGGCUGCACACAGGAGACGUGGGCCAGUGGCUCCCAAAUGGCACCCUGCGAAUCAUCGAUCGAAAGAAGCACAUCUUCAAGUUGUGCCAGGGAGAGUACGUUGCUCCAGAGAAGAUAGAAAAUAUCUACGCGCGUUCUGUUCCCGUGCUCCAGGUGUUCGUGCAUGGAGAUAGUUUACAGUCUUAUGCCGUAGGAAUAGUUGUGCCUGACAGAGAGGUUUUUGUUGACUGGGCUAAAGAGCGGGGUUUCGUUGGGUCCCACGAGGAGCUGUGCCAAAAUCCUGAUGUAAAAAAUGCAGUUUUAGAAGAUCUGAGAGCUGUGGGGAAGGAAGCAGGGCUGAAGUCGUAUGAACAGGUGAAGGAUCUUUAUUUGCAUCCAGAGAUGUUCAGCAUCGCCAACGGCCUUCUCACUCCCACCCUGAAAAGCAGACGCGCCGACAUCCGCAGAGUGUUUCAGGAACAGCUAUCAAGCAUGUACAAGACGAUUUAUUAACUCCAGACACUGAAUGAGGGUCACUAGAGUCCACUACGGGAUAGAACUGGAACCUGAAACAAGAACUACAAUUCCUGCAGUGCAACAAGUCUACGGAUGAUCUAUUUUGGUGUUAAAUUGCUUUUCUGAGAUUUUAACUGCUUUCCACAUAUGUUGCAUAAGAAAAAAAUGUAAAUAACGUUUUUUUCUCCCCAUAUUUCUGUUAGAAUAUCACUUUUGUCCCUGUCACUAAUUUAGCUUUAUGAUUAAGCAGAUGUUUUAGAAACUCUCCGGGAAGUUGUUUAAAAUGUAGAAAGAACAGUUGUUCAAAAGCCUCAUUCAGAAACAUGUUUAGACAUUUACACUGCACUAUUUUCCUGAGCGAUAUUUAAAGGGAUUGUAUCAAGUGUAUGUGGGACAGUGUUUCUAAUAUAAAUUGGCUUCUAUUGUACAGUUGUUGAAUGUUGUAUCACCUUGACCUAACCUUUUUAUGAACAUUUUGAUCCUAACUUUGUGAUCACACAUGCAAAUAUACUGUUUGGAUUCAAACCAUCAUGAUUAAUGAGCAUUUCAACCUGCAAUGAUCUGUGAUAAAUAAAGGAUGAACCAUCAA